AUGGGUUCAAAUGAUUGUUCAGCACAAGAUUACUUGCAUUUAUCAGAAGUUCAAGUUGGCGUUCCUAUGUAUAAUGAUGAUAAUAAUAUUAAUUAUCCUGUGGGAAUUUCUAAUCAAAAUAGUAAUUCUGUGCCUCCAAAAACAUUUGAAUUCUACCUACCUUUACCAGACGAUACAAUCUUUCGUGUUACAUAUACUCAAUUACACUCAUUAGAUACCGCCGAACUCUUAAAUAAGGGUGUUGAUAUAUCACAUAUUCCUAAUUCGCAAUUCUCUUACCACCUAUAUGUACAGAGUCUUAUUCGUCAACAGUUUUAUCAGCGGGUUCAACAACGUGUUUAUCAACCUCAACAAAAAUCUCAAAUUUACGCUAAUUCUCAAGUAGAUAUGAUUCCACCUAAUUCUCAAGUAUAUUCGAAUAAUAAUAUUUACAACAAUCCUUCGGAUGAAGCUAUCUCGGAAAAUGCAGGAUACAAUUAUAUUAAUUAUACUACAAAUUACCAAACUCAUAAUGAUUUCUAG